UUAUACUUUGUAGAGUUUGAAGAAGCAAGAAAGUGGGUAGCAAACAAUUUAGUGUUUGACAAGAAUGUGGAUGUGAACUUGUUUGAGAGCACUAUCCGUAUCCUGGGCGGCCUGCUGAGCACCUACCACCUCUCUGGAGACAGCCUGUUCCUGGAGAAAGCUAAAGACAUUGGGAACAGGCUCAUGCCAGCAUUCAAGACGCCCUCCAAGAUCCCAUAUUCUGACGUCAACAUCGGCAGGGGCACUGCACACCCCCCUCGCUGGACGUCCGACAGCAGCGUGGCAGAGGUGACCAGCAUCCAGCUGGAGUUCAGGGAGCUCUCUCGGCUCACUGGGGAUGACAAAUUCCAGAAAGCUGUGGAUGAGGUGAUGAAGCAUGUUCACACCCUCUCAGGGAAAAACGAUGGACUUGUGCCUAUGUUCAUAAACACCAACAGUGGGCAGUUCACUCACCUGGGGGUCUACACCCUGGGGGCUAGAGCUGACAGUUACUAUGAGUAUCUGCUCAAGCAGUGGAUUCAGGGUGGAAAAAAAGAAAAUGCGCUGUUGGAAGACUAUAUGAGAGCUAUAGAAGGAGUGAAAAAGCAUCUUCUUCAGAGAUCGGAGCCCAGGAAACUCACUUUUGUGGGAGAGCUUGCUCAUGGCCAUUUCAGUGCCAAGAUGGAUCACUUGGUUUGCUUCCUGCCAGGCACUUUGGCACUGGGAGCUCACCAUGGACUGGCUGCUGAUCACAUGAAAUUGGCUGAAGCCCUCAUAGAAACCUGCUACCAGAUGUAUGCUCAGGUGGAGACAGGUCUGAGCCCAGAGAUUGUUCACUUCAACCUCCAUGCACAGAAGGGCCACAAAGAUGUGGAAAUCAAGCCUGCAGACAGGCACAACUUACUGCGACCAGAAACUGUGGAAAGCCUUUUUUAUAUGUACAGAUUCACUGGUGAUAAGAAAUACCAAGACUGGGGCUGGGAAAUCUUGCAGAACUUCAAUAAAUACACACGGGUUUCUACAGGUGGUUAUACUUCCAUCAACAAUGUCCAGAAUCCCAGUAACCCAGAGCCACGGGAUAAGAUGGAGAGCUUCUUCCUUGGGGAGACACUCAAGUACAUGUUUCUGCUGUUUUCAGAUGACAUAGACUUGAUCAACCUGGACAAAUAUGUCUUUAACACAGAGGCUCAUCCCCUCCCUAUCUGGGUGCCAGCAUAGACUCUGCACCAGUGACCUUCCAAACGGUGGCAUUUUGUCUCCAAGUCACUUUUACUUUUCAGGGUUUGAGGAGAUGCUAUAUUGCACCUUUUGCAGCUUCAAACAAACCAAACCUUGUGGAAAGCAUCUCUGGUUUGAAGAAAUCGUGUCAGUCUUAAAUAUGAUCCCUG